AUGGCCGCCAUUCCCCGCGGCAUCGGUCGUGGCUGGACGCGCUUUUCCAACGGUUCAUCGCGGAUGUGGAAGAAAGGUUGGACGGCGGAAACGUUUAGUUGUAUUUUUGCCUUGUUGGCGCUGCUGGGACUUGUGGCUACGCUUCUGGCGCAUCAAGAUAAGCCGUUACCGGACUGGCCACAGAUUGUUGGCAUCAACUCUAUCGUUUCCAUCUUCUCGAUGUUGAUUAGAGCGGGGGUAGGUAUGGUGCUUGCUGAAGCACGGACGCUGGGAGAUAUGGAGAAGUUUGAUUCUGCUAGUCGUGGUGCUUGGGGAUCUGUCCUGUUGCUCUUCGGGUUCCGGAUCAAGAAGCCAUACUUUAUCGCAUCAAUGGGCGCCUUCAUCACCAUCAUGGCCGCCUUUACUGGAUUUGCAGCUCAACAACUCAUCAUAUUCCAAGACUGUCAGCGACCCGACAACUCAGCUCCAGUAGGAAUACGUCGAUCCAACUACUUCAAUGCAGUUGGAGAUAGGUUGGGGUCACAGUUGUACGAUGAGUUUCUGCCCAUGGCUGUGGCAAUGGAUAUUGGUAUGCUCCAACCCGUCGAAGAUCGCACACAGGCUCUCUCGUAUGGAUGCACUACUGGUAAUUGCACUUUCCCAGCAUCUGAUGGGCCGGCAUAUUCGACUAUUGCAAUCGGUCACACGUGCGACGAUGUCACUUCCCAAGUACAAGAAAUACCCUUGACCAGAAACCACGAUUAUGCCUACGCUGGAACCAAAAUAAUGAGCGAACCAUAUGAGAACGGGACUACGAGUAAUCCCAGUAACACGACCAGCAUGGUCGAGGGAUAUUUCAAUACCACACUCCCAAACGGCACCUACGUCUGGAACAUUGGCCUGUCCCUCCCCCUGGGCGACGACCAAUACUCUACCGACCCGCUGAAAUUUGCCAUGUUUGGCUGGCCAGGCGCACUCGUGACCGGCGUAUCAAUGAUGGGAUACAACGGUACCCUAGGCAGUGUGAAAAUGAUCUAUCGCCCCGAAUUCAACAACUACACCUACUAUAAAGCAGUCAGCUGCGACCUCUACCCCACCGUCAACACCUACGCUGUCCGCUACCACAACGGCGUUCUUCAAGAGACGCUCCUCAGCAGCGAUCGAAUGGGCCAAGACAUAGCAUUCGGCAAGGGAACCAUCUUCCGCCUCGCAACAAAGCAAACCAUACGCAACGGCACCCUAACCGACUGCACCCCACGCAGCACCCCCGCUCCAAACUACGAAGGCGUCGCCAGAGCAAACGUUGCCACCGCCCCUAUAAACGCCAGUUUUUCAGCUCUAGAAGGAACACCAGCAAUGGAAGUAGUUUUCUACCCCGUCGACUGCGUCUACGCCUUCUCCCGUGCUUCCGCCACAGGCAUCAACAGACACCUCGAAACGGCAUUUCAAGAGCAAUGGCUCACGAAGCCCGCGUAUUCCUUCAACACUUCUGCCGCACUGCGCAGACUCUACAAUGACCGCGAGAUGAACUUGCAGUCUGUGGAUUCCUUCAUGCAAAAUCUCACUACUUCUAUGACGACUGUGCUGCGCGUGCAUGGCGAGAAGAACUUUAGUCAGCCUGCGCUUGGUACCGUGUGGUUUAGUACGACGUGUAUUUAUGUGAAUUGGAAGUGGACGGCUUUUCCCGCGGUAAUGAUUGCGCUCUCGGCUGUGUUUUUGGUCCUGGUGGCUGUAGAGAGUCGCGGAGUGGAGAGUGAGAGGUUGUGGAAGAGUAGUAUCUUGGCGAUGCUGUUUUGCGAGAUGGAUGAGGGGGUGUUGAGAGAGGCGAGGGAUGGGGGGAGGAGGCGGGUGGCGGAGGUGGCGGCGAAGGAGAAGGUGAAAUUGGGCGAGGGGACGGAGGGGUUGAGAUUGGUGGGUGUUGAUGGGUAG